AUGGCACCCACGAGGACGCUGCAGCUCCUGCUGCUGAGCUGCCUCCUGCUCGUGCCCCGGCUGCGAGGUGAGUGUCAGGCUUGGGGUGGGAGAUACAGCGAGCCAGGUGCUUGCACCUGGGGGUGGGUGCCCUUUGAAGAUGGGUGCUACAGGUUCUUCCCACAGGAGCUGAGCUGGAGGAGAGCAGAGGCCUUCUGCCAGCGCUUGGGCCGCGGUGCCCAGCUGGCCUCGGUGCACAGCGCCGGGCAGCACCGCGCCAUCGCCGCCCUGCUGGGCUCCCGCCCCGCGGACGAGGAGGAGGAGGAAGAGGAGGACGGGGACGACGGCGCCUGGAUCGGCCUCCACCGGCCCCUGGGGAGCCGGCGCUGGCGCUGGGCUGACGGCUCCCGGCUGGACUAUGGCUCCUGGCACCGGCAGCCGGGCACGGCCGGGACGGGCUGCGCUGCGCUGCGGCACCUCAGCGAGCCUCUGAGGUGGCACAGCGAGCCCUGCACCGACAGAAAGCCCUUCAUCUGCAAGUCCAGCGCCUAA